GGCACUUGGCUGGCAGCAGCAGCCGCAGAAUAGUGUGACCAGCGCCGGCAGCACCAACAGCAGCUACAGCAGCGGCGCCCGGGACGAGGAGAGCAGCUACAGUGCUGUGGGCGGCGACAGCAGCAGCAGCAACAGUUGCAACUGCGACAUCACCGGCGACAACAGCACCUUGCAUGGCUUUGGUGUUGGCGACAUCAGCAGCUUUAUAGGCGACGACGACUGUGAGGAGGACGACGACGACGAUCCGAACAAUCCGGACGCAGCUGACGUCAGUUCGCAGACUUUACGGACAGCGGCAAUUGUUGCCGCCGUUGCGGCAGCAGCCAAGGAGCAGCAGGAAGCAGCUGGCUCAGCCACAGCCACAGCAGGAUCUGCUGGCGGCGGUAAUACCGAUUGUGAGAGCAUCAGUGAGCGGCGACAGGAUGCGGAUGAUGAUGCGGACGAUGAGAUUCGAAUUAUUGCAGGUGCUGUGCGCAGUGGAAACGAUUCGCUCGAAGAUGUUGGCGAUGUCGAUGACAAUGCGGAUGUCAUUGUAAGGAGGAAUACACGCAACCAACGGCCCUCCAUACGGAGGACAUGCAGAAUAACCGAGGAGGACGACGACGGCGCUGAGAUAACCGACGACGAGGACGACGACGACUACGACUACGACGAAGAAGACGAGCCCGAGGGCACAACCAUUGAUAUUGAUGAUCAGGAGCAGCUGGCACAGCAGCAACACGACUAUCAGCAUCACGACGACGAAGACGACGAGGAGGACGACGAGGAGGAGGUCGACGACGACGACGACGAGGAGGCUGACGAGUAUUACGAAGAGGAGGAGGACGACACCCAAGCAUUCUCACCCUUCUACUCCAGCUCCGCGGAGCUGAUCGAUAAUUUCGGCGGCGGAGCCGGUAAAUAUUUCAACAUCAUGGACUUUGAGCGAGGCGCCGCUGGCGGCGGCACCUUCACGCCCAAUGGCAAUGGAGGCGCUGCCGUUGGCGGCGACAUGUCCAAUGCCCAUAAUCCGCAAGCGGACAUGGGUGGCGGCAACAACAUAAUGGGCAUCGAUUCCAUGGGCAUUGCAAACAUUCCGGAAACUAUGAACGGCACCACAAUCGGACCCAGCGGUGGCGCUGGACAAAAAGCUGGCGCCGCCGGCCAAAAGCGUCCGCAGCGACGCGGCAAGCCACAGCCGGAUCGACCACAAAGAGCGCUCUUCUGCCUGGGCCUCAAGAAUCCUAUACGCGCGCUUUGCAUUCGCAUCGUGGAAUGGAAACCAUUUGAGUUCCUUAUUUUGUUAACCAUAUUUGCCAAUUGUAUUGCCUUGGCCGUUUAUACGCCUUAUCCGGGCAGCGAUUCGAACGUGACGAAUCAAACCUUGGAAAAAGUUGAAUAUAUAUUCCUAGUUAUAUUCACAGCGGAAUGUGUUAUGAAGAUUUUAGCAUAUGGUUUUGUGUUACAUAAUGGUGCAUAUCUAAGAAAUGGAUGGAAUUUAUUAGAUUUUACAAUUGUAGUUAUAGGAGCGAUAAGUACAGCACUGUCCCAUCUGAUGAAGGAUGCCUUCGAUGUGAAGGCGCUACGAGCCUUUCGUGUGCUGCGUCCACUGCGACUUGUCUCGGGUGUACCAAGUCUACAGGUUGUGCUUAAUUCAAUUUUAAAGGCCAUGGUGCCACUGUUUCACAUUGCACUUCUGGUCAUAUUCGUUAUCAUAAUCUAUGCCAUAAUUGGCCUAGAGCUAUUCUCUGGCAAAUUGCAUAAGACGUGUCGAGAUGAGGUAACAGGUGAAUACGAGGAAGAAGUUAGACCCUGUGGCAUAGGUCGGCUCUGUCCCGAGGGCAUGAAGUGCUACGGCAAUUGGGCCGGACCCAACUCGGGCAUUACGAACUUUGACAAUUUCGGACUGGCCAUGUUGACCGUCUUCCAGUGCGUCACUCUCGAGGGCUGGACGGACGUCUUGUAUUAUAUACAAGAUGCCAUGGGCAGCGACUGGCAGUGGAUGUACUUCAUAUCCAUGGUCAUAUUGGGCGCCUUUUUCGUGAUGAACUUGAUUCUCGGUGUGUUGUCCGGCGAGUUCUCCAAGGAGCGUAACAAGGCCAAAAAUCGCGGUGAUUUUCAAAAGUUGCGCGAAAAGCAACAGAUCGAAGAGGAUCUGCGCGGCUAUCUCGACUGGAUAACCCAGGCCGAGGACAUCGAGCCCGAUGCCACUGGUGGCCUGAUGCCCGAUGGCAAGGGCAAGCAGCCAAAUGACAUGGACUCCACCGAGAAUAUGGGCGAGGAGAUGCCCGAAAUGCAGGUCACAGAGUCACGUUGGCGCAAAAUGAAAAAGGACUUUGAUCGGGUGAAUCGACGCAUGCGUCGCGCCUGUCGCAAAGCAGUCAAAUCCCAAGCCUUCUACUGGCUCAUCAUUGUCCUGGUGUUCCUCAACACGGGCGUGCUGGCAACGGAGCAUUACGGGCAAGUUGAUUGGCUGGACGAAUUUCAGGAGUACACAAAUAUAGUGUUCAUUGGCCUCUUCACCUGCGAGAUGUUGCUGAAAAUGUACAGUUUAGGCUUUCAGGGCUAUUUCGUGUCACUGUUCAAUCGCUUCGAUUGCUUUGUGGUUAUUGGCAGCAUCUCUGAGACGCUCUUGACCAAAACUGGAAUGAUGCCGCCAUUGGGCGUGUCGGUGUUGCGUUGUGUGCGUCUGUUGCGUGUCUUCAAGGUCACCAAAUACUGGCGUUCGCUUUCAAAUCUAGUUGCUUCCCUAUUGAACUCAAUACAAUCAAUUGCUUCGCUAUUGUUACUGCUCUUCCUGUUUAUUGUGAUAUUUGCAUUGCUGGGCAUGCAGGUUUUUGGUGGUAAAUUUAAUUACAAUGAAGAGGAGAAAUAUCGCACGAACUUCGAUUGUUUCUGGCAGAGUUUGCUCACCGUGUUCCAGAUCAUGACUGGCGAGGAUUGGAAUGCGGUCAUGUAUGUGGGCAUUAAUGCAUAUGGCGGAGUCUCCUCGUAUGGCGCUCUGGCUUGCAUCUACUUCAUCAUAUUGUUCAUUUGCGGUAAUUAUAUCUUGCUAAAUGUGUUCUUGGCCAUUGCUGUGGACAAUUUGGCCGAUGCCGACUCACUGUCGGAGGUGGAGAAGGAUGAGGAGCCGCAUGAUGAGGGCGCCCUGAAGAAGGAACAUAGCCCCACGCCCACCAUAGAUGGCAUGGAUGACGAGCACUUGAGCAUAGACAUGGACAUGGAUAUGGAAAAUCCUGAUAUGGACGAUGAUAAGGAUCACGAAACACUCUCCGAUGAGGAGGUGCGCGAAAUGUGCGAGGAUGAAGAAGAGGUGGAUGAAGAGGACAUAAUAACGGCACGUCCACGCCGUAUGUCUGAGGUUAAUACGGCCACGAAAAUUCUACCCAUACCGCCGGGCACAUCAUUCUUUCUUUUCUCACAAACGAACAGAUUUCGCGUCUUUUGCCAUUGGCUCUGCAAUCACAGCAAUUUCGGCAAUAUCAUCCUUUGUUGCAUCAUGUUCUCGUCCGCCAUGUUGGCCGCUGAGAAUCCGCUGAGAGCGAACGAUGAACUGAACAAAGUCCUGCUUAAAUUUGAUUAUUUUUUCACGGCAGUUUUCACAAUAGAACUGAUUCUGAAAUUGAUUUCAUAUGGCUUCGUGUUGCACGACGGAGCCUUUUGCAGAUCCGCAUUUAAUCUAUUAGAUUUAGUUGUGGUCUGCGUCUCAUUGAUAUCUGUUGCAUUCAGUUCGAAUGCGAUUUCAGUCGUGAAAAUUCUACGUGUCCUUCGAGUUUUGAGGCCCCUGCGUGCCAUUAAUCGAGCCAAGGGUCUAAAGUACGUGGUCAAGUGCGUAGUAGUCGCAAUUAAAACAAUUGGUAAUAUCAUGUUGGUUACAUAUUUAUUGCAAUUCAUGUUCGCGGUUAUUGGAGUACAACUCUUUAAGGGUAAAUUUUUCUCCUGCUCUGAUGGCUCCAAAAUGGUGAGAGAGGAGUGCUUUGGAACGUAUUUGGUCUAUGAGGGCGGCGAUAUGAAUAAGCCGCGUCUCAAGGAGCGUGAAUGGAAAAAUAACGGUUUUCACUUUGAUGACGUGGCCAAGGGCAUGUUAACGCUAUUUACCGUUUCCACCUUUGAGGGUUGGCCAUCGCUGCUUUACGUCUCUAUUGAUUCGAACAAGGAAGAUGGAGGUCCAAUACACAACUUCCGUCCUAUAGUCGCUGCCUACUAUAUUAUCUAUAUCAUUAUAAUUGCCUUCUUCAUGGUCAAUAUCUUCGUCGGUUUCGUUAUUGUCACGUUUCAAAAUGAGGGCGAACAGGAGUACAAGAAUUGUGAUCUGGACAAGAAUCAGCGUAAUUGCAUAGAGUUUGCAUUGAAAGCGAAGCCGGUGCGACGCUAUAUACCCAAGCAUGGCAUACAGUAUAAGGUCUGGUGGUUUGUGACGUCAUCAUCGUUUGAAUAUACCAUAUUUAUAUUGAUUAUGAUAAACACGGUCACACUGGCCAUGAAAUUCUACCAGCAACCGCUCUGGUAUACCGAACUGCUGGACGCUCUAAAUAUGAUAUUUACAGCGGUGUUUGCCUUGGAAUUUGUCUUCAAAUUGGCUGCUUUUCGAUUUAAGAACUAUUUUGGCGAUGCGUGGAACGUUUUCGAUUUUAUAAUUGUGCUGGGCAGCUUUAUUGACAUUGUCUAUUCCGAAAUUAAAAGCAAAAACCCUCCACAGACCUAUUGUGAUAUAGUUGAAGGCUGCAAGGCCAAGGUCAAGGAGGCUGGCUCGAAUUUGAUUUCCAUAAACUUCUUUCGCCUGUUUCGUGUCAUGCGCCUCGUCAAGCUGCUGAGCAAGGGCGAGGGCAUACGCACACUGCUUUGGACCUUCAUUAAAUCGUUUCAGGCACUGCCCUACGUAGCGCUGCUCAUUGUGUUACUCUUCUUCAUUUAUGCUGUGGUGGGCAUGCAGAUGUUUGGCAAGAUCGCUAUAAAUGGCGGCACGGCCAUAACGCGCAACAACAAUUUCCAAACGUUUCAGCAGGCUGUCCUGGUGCUCUUCCGUUCCGCCACCGGCGAGGCCUGGCAGGAUAUUAUGAUGGCCUGCUCAGCGCAGCCGGAAGUGAGAUGUGACGAGCUGUCGGACACGCCAAACGCCCAGUGUGGCUCAUCCAUUGCAUAUCCCUACUUUAUAUCCUUCUAUGUGCUGUGCUCCUUUUUGAUCAUCAAUCUCUUUGUGGCCGUCAUUAUGGAUAAUUUUGACUACUUGACUCGGGAUUGGUCCAUCUUGGGCCCACAUCAUCUGGAUGAGUUCAUUCGCCUGUGGAGCGAAUACGAUCCGGAUGCCAAGGGACGCAUCAAGCAUUUGGAUGUGGUCACAUUGCUGCGCAAGAUAUCACCGCCUCUGGGCUUCGGCAAACUCUGUCCGCAUCGUAUGGCCUGCAAGCGCCUCGUCUCGAUGAACAUGCCCCUCAACUCCGACGGCACGGUGCUCUUCAAUGCCACGCUGUUUGCGGUGGUGCGCACCUCGUUGAGCAUUAAGACGGAGGGCAAUAUCGACGAUGCCAAUGCCGAAUUGCGGGCCACAAUCAAACAGAUUUGGAAGCGCACAAAUCCCAAGCUGUUGGACCAGGUCGUUCCGCCGCCUGGCAACGAUGAUGAGGUGACAGUGGGCAAAUUCUAUGCCACCUACUUGAUACAGGAUUAUUUCCGGCGCUUCAAGAAGCGCAAGGAGCAGGAGGGCAAGGAGGGUCAUCCCGACAGCAAUACGGUCACACUGCAAGCGGGUCUGCGCACGCUGCACGAGGUGUCGCCGGCGCUGAAGCGCGCCAUCUCCGGCAAUCUGGAUGAACUAGCCGAGGAACCGGAGCCCAUGCAUCGCCGCCAACACACGUUGUUCGGCAGCGUUUGGAGCUCCAUACGGCGCCAUGGCAACGGCACGUUCCGUCGCAGCGCCAAGGCCUCUCAGAGCAACGGCGCCCUCACCAUUGGCGGCUCUUCGCUCUCCGCUGCGGGCGUUGGCGGCAGCACCAUGGUGCUGGGCAGCGCCGAUGCGGGCGGCACAGAUUAUCUCUACGACAAUCUCAAUCGCAGCGUGGCCGACGGCGUCAACCACAUCACGCGCAACAUUAUGCAGGCGCGCCUGGCGGCCAGCGGCAAGCUGCAGGACGAGCUGCACGCGAGCAGCGGGGGCGAGCUGCGCACCUUUGGCGAGAGCAUCUCGAUGCGGCCGUUGGCCAAGAAUGGAGGCGGUGCAGCAUCCACUGUGACGGGCACUUUGCCGCCGGAGGCGAAUGCAUUAUCUUAUGACAACCGCAAUCGUGGUAUUUUAUUGCAUCCAUAUAACAAUGUCUACGCGGCCAAUGGUGCUAUUCCUGGCCACGAACGCAUGAUCCAAUCGACACCAGCUAGUCCCUACGAUCAGCGUCGUUUACCAACUUCAUCUGAUAUGAACGGCCUAGCCGAAUCAUUGAUUGGAGGGGUACUCGCCGCUGAGGGUCUGGGUAAAUAUUGUGAUUCAGAAUUUGUGGGCACAGCUGCACGAGAGAUGCGUGAGGCGCUGGAUAUGACGCCCGAGGAAAUGAAUUUGGCUGCCCAUCAAAUAUUGUCGAAUGAGCACUCGCUGAGUCUCAUUGGGAGCAGCAGUGGCAGCAUCUUUGGUAGCAUCGGUGGUGCUGGCGGCGGCGGCGGUGGUGGUGGUGGUGGCAGCAGCAGCAUUGCUGGUGCAUUCGGUGGCAGCGGCAGUGGACCAUCAUCGUUCUCGCCGCGAGAGGGUUCGGGCACGUUACAAUCACCACCGAUACCAGAUAAUCGUCUAAGACGAGUUGCCACAAUAACGACCACUAACAAUAAUACUAAGUCUCAAUUUAGCCAAAAUAAUAAUACGAAUAAUCUAAAUAGUAGAACACUGUCACCCACACAACAACAGCAACAGCUACAACAACAACAACAACUAUCGCCACAGCGUAACUUGGGCAGUGGCCAGGGUAAUCCUGCCUCCUUCUCAUAGCAUACAAACUGUAGUCCAUAUAUGCAAAAUGUCUUCUUGAUGGAAUUUUAAUGAUAAACAUUUAUGAACAUUUUUUUGUAUAAUUUUUAGCAACAACCAAAGAAAAAAAAUUAUA